AUGGAAUCGUGUAAAUACAAUUUUUCGAAUUUGCCUCAGUUCAAUCCUAACGAGGAUCAGUGGAAUCAAGAAAUGCGUUCAAGCGACGGUGUGCUGCAAGUGCCUCCGAGUUCAUCUUACAAUCAUCAGGAACAGUCUAAUCAAUUCUCUACGAUACCUGCAACGGAAAACUCUAUACUCAAUAACACACAAGCUCAACAACAAGCACACGAGAAUAACAAUGCAAAUGGCGUAAAUGAUUUUAGACCUCAUGAUGUACAAGUCAGCAACACGAAUGAUGCAAAUGGGUUAUCAGCAACAGGUAUAUCGAUUGUUCCUGGUGUUCAAAACGCGACAGGUGCAAGCGCCACUUUGUUCAACGGAUUUCAGAUUUCCACCAGGUCUGGUUUUGUGGCCAAUAAUACGUCGGUGCCUCAAAGUGUCAAUAAGACGUGUGCUCGAAAUUGCUGCAAUUCCAAUUUAUGUUAUCAGCAAUUACAAAGGAACAGACUUCAGCCACCGAAUCAGCAGCUAACCUUUAUCCGCGGCCCAAACGCAGCUGACAUAUACAUAAACAACCAUCCAAAUGCGCAUAUGAAUAUGUUAAGUGUUCCGACAUGGCCUAGACAAGGUACUGGUGUUCCACAACUUGUGAAUCCAUCACAAGCAUGGAACAACAUUGCUAUAAACAAAAUUAAUAAUGGAGGCGCCAAAAAACCAAAGCGUGUGAGAACAGCAUUCACUAGCAACCAAAUGACGGAACUAGAGCAAGAAUACACUCGCACAAAAUACCUGGACCGGGCACGUCGCUUGGAGCUGGCGGAAAUCUUACAUCUCAACGAGAGGACUAUAAAAAUAUGGUUCCAAAAUAGGCGAAUGAAAGAGAAAAAGAUUUUGACGGAGCACUUAGAAGAGUCUGAAGAAACCAGCACGACUGCUUCUUCGCCAGAUUUAGGUCCGCUUCCAGUAUAUCACAACAAUACGUUCAGUGACCUAAUGUUUACUGAACGAAACCAACCAGCACAAUCUUCUUCGAUCAUGCCGAUGUAUGGGCUACAAAGGCUACUUCAGCCUCCGACAGCAAAUAGAAUCGUUGCCAGUUCAACAGGAGCUCCCGGGACAGAGCUCCAACAACUAACGUUACAAGAGUUUGAGGUUAAUCAGCCCAUUGGAAGUUCAAUGCAAGCGAGCACACCGCCCGUGCCGAAUCCCAAUAACAUGACGUGGGACUCAUCCUGGAUUCACAGUAUGAACACCGAAAACGAAUAUUGA